AUGACAUCGAGAUGGCUAUUAUUUCGUCGCCAGGUCAAUGCCAGCUUCAUUUUUCUGGCAUUGCUUUCGACGGUCCCCUCCGUCUCAGCGACGAAUUGCUAUACACCUGACGGAACGAUAUCGAACGAUCGCCCAUGCAACGCGUCAGCCUCGGCCAGUGUCUGCUGUACGCAGGGCUUCCUCUGCACUUCCAAUCAACUCUGCCAGCCCGCAGGCUGGUGGGAUGGCUCCGACGGCAAUCCCCUCCAGUUCAUCAGAGGGACCUGCACGGACAAGACGUGGGCUGCGCCUGAAUGCCAGGGACACUGUGUUGCAGAUAAUCCCUCUGGUGGGGAAUGGGUGAUGCGAUGCGGCAAUACCACCACCAACUACUGCUGCUCUGCAGAUGACUGCUGUACCAAGGCUUCGUACUUGAAAUUCACUCUGGACGAACCCACCAUCACUGCGACGGCGGGUAUAGAACCUACCUCGACCGCGAAAACUAUGACAGAGUCCUCCAGUAAAUCAUCCGCGGCAAUAACAACAACAAGCACGGGGACGUCGAUCACGUCAACCCCCACCACGAGCGCGGGCUCAAAUUCGAACGAUAUGCACAGUUCAAGUUCAGCCUCGACGACAAAUGUUGCGAUCGGCGUCGGUGUCGGUGUCGGGGUAGGCGUUGUCAUCAUAGGAUGUCUGCUCGCGCUGUUUGUGCUGCGCUUGCGCCGGAAGAAGCGACUCGCAACGGAGCAGAACAAUUCCUCCUUCUUGCCAGGGUCGCAGAAAGACGCCUUCGGCGUCUAUCCUCCAGUGGCUCGAGCCCAGCAAUAUCCCUCUGAGCUAGACUCGCAGCAGCAGCGACACCCGGCUGUAGCGGAGCUGGACGGCGUCCACACGGGAAUGCACGAGGUGCGGUGA